UCCGUGAAAAAUACGGGCGGCUCGUGCACCUGCCACUUGAUACCUUCCAGUGACGGCCCCAGGUGGCCCAACUCGGAGAUGAGGAGGAUCCUGAGUUGGGUCGGCACUGGGGGGGGUAUCAGAAGCAUGUGCACAUACUAUUGUAAUGUAUCAUCCAUCUCUAUAAGCCCUAUGGAAAAUCGGUUUAAAGCAUUGUAAAGCAUAAUUAUGCUGAAUAUUGACAACACCAUACCGAUAUUUCGAUACGAAUCAAAGAAUUUUAAUUUUCAUCUUAAUGAUUGUAAUAAAAGAGAUUCUGAGUUUGACACAGUGUUGAUGAAAAAAUGGUUACAGGCCGAAAGCGACGGUGUCUUUCGAUACAACCUCAAGAUCGCAGAAUGGAAAAUACUUGAAGGAAAACACCAUUACUUAGUGCAGUUAAAUCUUGAUAGAGUUUGGAACAGACGUAAACCUGAGAACAUCUCGUCCAUGUUGCAACCGUUCGAUGCUAGUCGCUUCAAUUUCACAAAAUUGCCUAAUCGAGAGAUAUUCUUUGACAUAGGAGAUGGAAGUGGAAAUGAUAUAAUUGCUGGUAAUGUUAGUCCUAUUGAAUCCGGACAUUGCUUGCUAUUGCAUCAACGUUUCCAAUGCCUGUCGCAGCAAGUUACCAAAAAUAGUCUAUGCAAGGCAUUAGAAUUAUUACUUCUUAGCAAUUCACCGUACCUUCGAAUUAUCUUUAACAGUUUAUGCGCUCAUGCUUCCGUCAACCACUUGCACUGGCAUUUAUACUACCUAAAACAUCAGAUGCCACUUGAAUGUAUUGAAAUUUCUGAACUAAUACACCCAGUAUUUUUAUUAACCAAUGUCCCUAGUAAUGGAUUUUGCUUGAAGCUUUCCUCAUUUUCUGGGAAUAGCAUCGACUGCUUAAACCAAUUAACAUUUUGGGUGUACUUAAUUGUUGAUUACCUGCAGAAACAUGAAAUUGCUCAUAACGUUUAUAUUACACGUGCAAAAACAAAACCCAAUGAGAGUAUUUACGACGAUGUACGCAUUUACAUUUGGGCAAGAAAAUCCAGCUGCGGUGUUAAAAAUACCACUGCAUUUGUUCCAGCAGUGUCUGAAUUGUUCGGACACAUAGUGACUGGAACUGAAGAAGCUUACAGAAAUUUGAAUGAAAAUACAAUUGCUGAAAUUCUCACCGAUAUCACUGAGGACACAUUUAACGCAGUCAAAGGAGAAAUCUUUAAUUUGGUUAAAAAAAAUGUAUCAAAUGAUAUAUAAAAUUAUAGGUAAUUUUUAUUAAUAGGAUAUUGUAAUAAAUUAUUAAAGGUAUAUUUAUGUAUAAUAGGGGUUACAAAGGAUCUAUACAUGAUAAAGGGGAAAUAAAUUGACAGAUACAAGUUAACCUAAAAA